GAGUUCAAGGAGGCGUUCUCCCUGUUCGACAAGGACGGCGAUGGCACGAUCACCACCAAGGAACUGGGCACCGUCAUGCGCUCCCUCGGCCAGAAUCCCACCGAGGCCGAGCUGCAAGACAUGAUUAACGAGGUGGACGCCGACGGCAACGGCACCAUCGACUUUCCAGAAUUCCUAACGAUGAUGGCCCGCAAGAUGAAGGACACCGACUCGGAGGAGGAGAUUCGCGAGGCGUUCCGCGUCUUCGACAAGGACGGCAACGGCUUCAUCUCCGCCGCCGAGCUCAGACACGUCAUGACCAAUCUGGGUGAAAAGCUCACUGACGAGGAGGUGGACGAGAUGAUCCGCGAGGCGGACAUUGACGGUGACGGCCAAGUGAAUUACGAAGAAUUCGUCACGAUGAUGACAUCGAAAUGA